AUGAUGAAGGACGAGUGGGUCACGGAGGCGUUAGUGGAUGACAUGGUAGUGGUGGAGCUGCUGUGUCGGCUCAAACAGUCAUCGCCGGAACCACCGCCGGUUCUUCCGCCGCUAGGGUGGGGUAACCGUCAGCCGCGGUCGAAGCUGGUCACGAUGAGGAAGGAGUCGUCGACGACGUUUAGUCCUACGACGCCGCUGUCUUGGAGCGGCGGCGUUGGCGGCUCCGCUACGCCUAGCGACGGUGAGUCCAGCCUGCCAUCCGAUCUAUCCUCCGGUGCCAGAUCCAAG